GUUGCUUCAUAGGAAUCUGGUAAGUCAACAGCUGUUUUACCCUAAGAGUUGAGGUGUUUUCUCAGAUCCCUAACUUCAGUGGGGUGCUGCUGCUGCAGACUGUUAACAUGGGGAGUGAAUUCAGCAAGAAGGCCAGCUGUUGCAUGACUUGUGGGAAGUACAAGAAACAGAAGGCUGAAGAAGCAGUCAAUGAGACCAGUGAGACUCAGCCUAUUAUACAGGCCUCUGAGGAAGCCCCUGCGUGGAUGGACCACCAGCCUCCUGCAAAGACUAGGGAAGCAUCUGAGCAACAUGCUAGUGAGGCCCUGCCAACACAACCAGACAAACUGCUACCUGUUGAGACUGUAGAAGAGGCUGGAGAGGCUCAGCCAGCUGAAGAUGCUGAACAAGGGAUAACUGCAGGCACCACAGAAAGACUUAUGGAGGCCCUGCUUGCUGCUGUAGAGACCAAAGUUGCACCUGAAACGGAACCCAAGCAAGAGAUGGGGGAGGCAGAUGCUACUCCACAAGCCAAAGAGGCCUUGCAGGGUGCUGAGGCCUGGCCUGCUUCAGGCAUUACUCAAGCUGUCAAGGCUGCAGCAGAGGGCAGAGUGCCUGAUGCACCACCCUUGGUAGGUGCUGAGCAACUUCAGCUUCCCCAAGGGAACAAGCCCCAAAACUCAGCGCAGGCCACAGAACAGCCUGAAGCUGCACAGGGCCUUGAGGCCCCACCUGAUGCAGAGACAGCCUUGGGGAAGAACAAGCCUCUUUUGGCUGAAGACCAGAGUGAGAAGUAUGCUGCAAUGACUCCUGUGCAAGGAACAGGUAGGCCUGAGCCUGCUGUGGUGACUCUUCAGCCCCCUGUAAAGAACUGGUUUGCCCAGACCAUAGAGAAGACCAGAUCCCAAUCUGUUCUACAGGUGGCACAAGAGCCUACAGAGGCAACAUCUGUUUCACAGGCCAUGGAAGUGACCCCCAGGAGCAUCACUGAAACACCAUUAAGUCUGCAACCCUCUAAUGUGGUCUCCCCAGUAAAUGUGGCCCUCAGCAUGAAUGCACUAAAACCUGUGAACAAAUUAAAUGAUCUAGCCAGGCAAGAGACCCAAAAUGGUGAACAGCUUGCACAAAAGGCCAAGCAGCAGUGUGCAGCAGAGCCGAUGGAAAUAAAGGUUGAAUGCGAGGAGAGCAGAGCAGAUGACGGAGUCCUGGCUGUCCCAGCAGGAGCUGAGGCAAGAAAGGGGUCCUUGGAUGCUUCUGAUGAAGGCCAGGCACCUGCAGCUGCUAAUCCAGAGCAGCAACAGCAGGAUAUGGACCAACCAGACCAUCUUCCAGAAGAGGUCUUGCCUUCCACUGCUACUACUUGCCUGUCUGGAAGAGGGGAAACAAACUCUGCACAUCUGGAAACCUUAGUGCCUCAAGCAUUUGAGAACCAAGGGGAAGAAGAGGCGGAAAAGACCGUCGAGCAUCCGGGGGAAAUGGCUCCAGUUUUGGAUUGCAGACCUUAUAGCAUUAAACCUGCACCUGCUCCUGGAGCACCCUGCCCAGCUAAAUAAUGCUGCCCCUCUAUUCAUGGAAUGUAUGUAGACUCAUUCUGUUUUUUUACAAGUCCAUCAGACUUACUGGAGCCCUAAUGUCAGAGUGUACAUGUACAGUAAAUUGUCUGUAGCUGUAGUUCAGUUUGGUGUCCCAAUUCUGCCAUGAGAGAGUGACUUAUAAGAACGCAUGAUGCAUCUUCCUCCUCACAAGUAUAU